CUUGUCGCAGACAUAUGUACGAGGGGACGGGACGAGGUGGACACCCGUCCGCUGCUUCGAGAGACAUCGCCGCGCCGCCAACCCACAGCCUCCAGCCUCAUCCGCCAUCCAUGGCGCUGCGUGCCCUGAUGGCGAGGGUGCGGACUUCCGCCCCUGCGCUCCGCCUCCAGACGCCGGCCCUCGGCUUCUCCCCUCUGCCCGGCGGCCGCCCCAACUUCCACUCCGCCGCUGCUGCCACCCGCCGCCUCUCCCCUCCGGCCGGCGGUCGUCCCUGCCUCAUCUCCACCAGAUUCCUGCGCACAAGAAUUAACUUGGAAUCAGCUAGCCAGGAGGAGCUCUUACGAGAGGCAACCUUUUUAGAGGAACAGAUCAAAGAGUGUCUGAACCGUACGCUCAAGGAGAAGGAGAGGUCUGAUCUAAUCAUGAAGGAUACUUGGAGUACUCUAAAGCGUAUGGCCUGUUGUGCUGUUGUGGUGAAAGUCAUAGCAUUUUUCAUUUCUCCUAGUGAACUGGCGGAAGAAGAUGAGGUGAUGAACUAGUGGAAGAAGCACUUGAUGAACUAGCUAGCGGAACAAACUGAGGUGAUGAGCUAGUGGAACAAGCUGAGAUGUCUUAUCAUCAGCUAGCUGUGAGCUCUUAACGAGUAGUAGGUUACAUUAUAGGGAACUCAUGUAUUAAUAUGCCUAUCAGCCAUGUGUCAGUACUUCAUUAUGUUAUAUAGAACUCUGAGUUGUUAAUAGGUUAUGUUAGGGAACUCAUGUAUUGAAUAUUGAUAUGCGUAUCAGCUAUGUAUGGGUGUCUAUAGCUAUGACUAUAUAUGGAUAUUCUGAGGAAUUGACAAUGCUUGAAUAUA